GCAUUUAUUGUGGUCGGGCGGUUUCGAGUUUUGCAACAACUACGUACAGAAACAUUUGUUAAAAAAAUCUAAGCAAUUGAAAGAACCAGAGGCGGCGACGCAAAAAGAUGAGUUCCAAUAUUCAUGAUGAACCCUCUUCAGAUGUGGACCCUGUUGCAAUGAGUAACAGCCAGCCUGAUCCAUCAUUAGCUUCUGAUGGAGUGACACCCACACGUUUAUUAAAAAUGAAAGAAAUAAUGGAAAACCAGUGCUUUGAGAUGAAUGUUAAAGUCAGUAUGGGAAAACACAAAGAGUUAUGUGAAGCUGAUGCAGAUCUAUCCAAAUAUGAAAGUGAAAUAGAGCAGGCAAGGCUCUCACACUUCAACAAAACCCUGGUGUUGAACAGAAUGCAAAUUUGGAAUACUAUCACAGAGAAGAUCAUUCAGAAUGAUUCAGAUGCUGAGCCAUUGAAGGCACUGACCAGCCAGAACACAGAGCUUUGUGAAAAGACCAUGGGAAUUUUAAAGGAAACACGAGCUCUUCAGGACCAGAUCACAGAUCUCCAAAAGGAAAGACUAGAUUUAAAAGGACAGAUAAAGAAGAAAAUGCAAGAGAUAAAUGAGUUGAAACAGAUGAUGGGAAAUCAUGGAGAGGUUCAGCAAAGGGCUAAGGAAAGAGCUGAAGCAGUCCUACAGAAAUAUCAGAAGGUCACAGCCAUUUUACAAAAUGUUCUCCGGGGAAUCAUACUUGCCAGUAAAGUGAACUGGAGAGAUGACCCUAAAUUAAGAGACAUUACAAUGGGACUGGAGCACAUACCCAACUGAAGAGGACCCAUUCAAACACUGUUCUCCCACCACUGUAAAUACGGUUUAUAAAAUGCAUAGUUACUUUUUAACAAAAUUCCAUUGUUACCGGAAAACAACCUCAAUGUGCAUGGAAGCAGCAAAACAGGUUUUCUGUAAAUGUAUGCAAAAUUGUAAUGAUUCAUUUUAGUGACCGAUAUGGGAAGAAUCUUUCAACAUGCUUGCUGUAUAUUUAAGCUUUUUACACCAGCUCAUUUAAGUCUAAUAUAAUGUUUAAAGAAUCAUCCAGAAAGU